GUUUAGAUGCAUGUACAGCGCAUGUGGCAAACUCGCUCCGCCCCGUAAAUCUUGUCGCCCAUCUAUUCUAAGAUUAAAAUCCAUUCAACAAAAUGUUUGUACCGAGGGCAGUGAACCGUAAACCAGCAACAAAGCCGGUUAAACCGAAACCUCCAGUCAAGAAAUCUGAACAUUCAGACAACAGCAGUACACAAAACCAACCUGUCGAUCCACAAGAUGACAAAGUCACAACAAACAGCCAAAGUACUAUUGAUCUUCAAGAGCAUGCCAAGUCGGCAGGCCUGAGGUCUAACAAACCAGAAAAAACUGUGCCUUCUUCUGAGAAAGGAUCCAAAGGACUCAGUGGAGGUGGCACCAAGGAUGAGGAAGUCACUUUGUGUCGAAAUGUUCUUCCAGAUGGUUCAGGAUGUUCAGUCGCAGUAUUGGAAGGCACAUCAACAGAUCCGGAGACUAGAAAACCAUUAACUAGUGAAGUGUCAUCUUUUUCAAAAAGAGAUACCAUGAUCCCGCAAGCAGCUGCUGAUGCAACACAGUCAGAGACACAGAAAGAGGAAGGAAAUGAAUGUCCAACAAGGGAUCCAGAAAUUGGUGUCAGAAGUGGGAUUAGCUCAAUACUCCCUCUUGACAUUGCUGAAAUAAGGCGGUCUGUGGACAAGAUCAAGAGAGAUGGGAAGCUACAGGCAGCUUCCAGAGACACCAAGGAAAAUGUAGCCCAAGACACGAAAGAGGCAAAGGAUGAAGAUGAGGACUUGGAAGAAACAGAAGAUCUGGGUCACGUAGGUCAAGAGGUCGAGGAGGAUGAACAGGACGAGGUUGUCUCGUACAGCAAGAACCAAAGAUGGCCAGUCAGUGAGGAGGAACCAGUAUGUGUGGUGUGUGGGAGGUACGGAGCCUACAUCUGUGAUCGGACGGAAGCUGAUAUCUGCAGCCGUGAAUGCAAGGCUAGAAAUCUGGCAAGACUUGGGCUGACAGCAGGAUCGGAAGACGUCUCUGCUCAAGAAGAUACCCAACCAGAAACAAUCACCGUUGACAUGGUGGAAGAUCCAGUUGGCUAUAUCUACAGAGAACAUGAUGAGGUGUCUGAACUCACAAGAGAGCAAGUCCAAGAAAUCCGGGCUCAGGUGGAUAUCUUCGUUGAAGGUGUGGACGUACCAAGACCGAUUGUUGAAUUCUCACACCUUGUUGCUCCACAGAAAAUGGAAUCCAACCUGGCCAGUGUUGGGUACAACGUGCCCACUCCAGUCCAGAUGCAAGUUAUACCCGCUGCGCUUAGGUGGCGAGAUGUGAUGGUGUGUGCACAGACCAGCUCCGGCAAAACUGCUUCUUUCCUCGUUCCCACAAUUCUACAAAUCUACAAUACCAUGUGCUUCAGAGACAGUACAGAUGAAGGGAACGGACCCCUGGGGUUGAUCUUGUCACCCUCCAGAGAACUCGCCAUGCAGAUAGAGGAACAGGCUAAACAGCUGAUGCAAGGUCUGCCCAACAUGCGUACAGCUCUGGUCGUAGGGGGAGUGCCCCUACCUACCCAGCUACACAGACUCAAGCAAGAUAUCCAGCUAGUCAUCGCUACUCCUGGGAGAAUCUUAGAUGUCAUUGCCAGACAGGGUAUUUCAUUAGCAGCUAUCAAAACACUUAUAAUUGACGAGGUUGACACAAUGCUUCACAAAGGUUUCCAGCAACAGGUGAUGGAGGUCGUAGGUCAUCUACCAGACUCCCACCAGACCAUGCUCUUCUCGGCUACAAUACCCCCCUCUAUUGAGAAGUUGGCCUCUUCACUCCUUCAUAACCCACUGUACAUUUCAGUCGGCAAGCCCAAUACUCCAUGCACCUCAGUGAGGCAGAUCGUGAUGUGGGUCGAGGAACCAGCUAAGAAGAAGAAUCUCUUUGCCAUACUGCAGGAUCCUAAGCAUUACAAACCUCCGUUGGUAGUGUUCGUGGACUCCAAAAUCGGCGCUGGGCUUCUGUCCUUAGCGAUUCACAAGAUGUGCGAUAUCCACGCUGCCUCUCUGCAUGGUGACAGACCCCAGAGCGAACGCACUGAGACACUGAGGGCCUUCAGGGAGGGGGAGUACCCAGUACUGGUCUGCACGGCGGUCCUGGGUAGGGGAAUUGACCUACCGGGGGUCAAGAUGGUGGUGAACUUUGACAUGCCCAACACCGUGGAGGAAUACAUCCAUCAGAUUGGCAGGACGGGUCGACUCGGCAGCAAAGGAACGGCUAUAACCUUCAUCAACAACAGCAGCAAAAAUCUCUUCCUGGAGUAUGUCAACACCCUGCGGCCCCUCGGCGUCCCCCUCCCACCCCAGCUGACUAACUCCGCCCACUUGAGAUACCAGCAACUGGGCCACCAGAGCUGGCAGGAGGCCAGGCACAGGAGAAGAGAGAGGAGAAACGAGGAGAAUCAGGAUGCUGGUCGCUGUGGCAACGCAAGCUAUUUCGGCUACAAGAGACGGAAACAGGAGACAAGUGCUGUUGGAGAACUUCUGAAGAAACGCAAGCACAAGAAGGAACCGAGAUGAUAACCUCCUGAACAAAAACCAGAUUCCUUGGCAGAAUACAAGUUCUGGACUUUGAAAUUUAAAACUACCAACAUGGGCCCCAUUGUGGGGCCAAACUUUGGGAGUCAAACUUCCGUUGGCUGUAUUCGUACCUUGUGGCACAAUUUGCCGAUGAGGAACUCCACGUAGUUUUGACUCACCGGUCGUGUGGUGAAGGCCUGGAAAGAAGUUUCCUUUACAGCUUAAGAUGCACUCUCCGUGCUAUUUUGAGUUUCAUCCCAAAAAACAAGGUUUUUUUCAGUUGCUUUUUUUUCCUAGCAAUGUAAAAGUUAUCCAUGUAAUUAUUUCUAUAAAAGUUUAAAUUGUUUGGGGCUCAACAAUAAUUCGGCUCCUGCUGGUUGGUUUCAUUUGUACACAAAAAGAAAGCCCUUUACAUGUAUGGUUGUUGAUGUCCUAAAUUUGAAGAAAAAAAAAGAAGUAUGUUAAUUUAAAACAAAGCGUGCAAAUUAAAAAUUCAUUACGAGCAAGUCUACUUUUUAAUAAGAGUACGGGACACGCAUCUUUAGGAAAAAGCCCAUAAAAAGCUUGGAUUUGAGACUUUAUGCCAAUCGAGGCUAUUUCAGUACUGGACACGGAGGGUACAAAUUUCAAGUUUAUAACAAGGUUGAAAGAACCUUUCAUUUUACAUGGAGUUGGCAUAAAGCAAAUGCUCUUUCAGUACUUACAGUUCACAGCCUUGGUGUUGGUUUUCAGUUUCUGAAAGAAUCAUCUUACCCCAAGACUGAGAGAUUAAAGUAUAUGAUUCUUUUAUAAGCAAAUUUCUGUUUGUUUUGUUUCUGCAUUUGAUCUGAUUUUUUUAAAUUUAUUUAUUUCCAUUAUCACACAAAAGUGGUUUAACAUCUAAAUGCACAUAGUAAUAAAUGGCAGACACCAGAAAAAAGCCGAGGCUUAUACAAGGCCCGCUUCCAAUUGGACAUAAAAGAGUGAAGGUUUCCAUCGUUUGGCACACAAAUUUAUUUUUUUUGUAUUUGUGAAGAUGUUAAAAAUGGAAGGGAAAAAACUCACGUGUUAGUACAUAAAGAAUUGUGAUACCAAAAGAAAUUAAUUUCAAAUUGAGAAAUAAAUAACCUUUUGAAGGAUAGAUCUGUCGAUGAAAUCAUGAGGUUUUGACUCGAUAACAAACGACACACAAUUAGUCAUUUUAAUUCUCAACAAAAUAUUUAUUACAGCCAGCCAAUGACAAACCAGAUAUAUUCCAUUUUUGUUGAAAUGGAUAAUCACUUCAAUUUUAAAAUGGUCCAUUUUUUUCCGAACAAUUCUUUUCUCUGAAAUCCAUGUGUAACUUUUCUUGAACCAAUUUUGUACCAGAUUUUUGGAACCAGUUCCAAAUACUUUUUAAGGUGACCAAAUUUC